UUCCAGUGACCUGCUGUUCUUUCCUGCUUUCCUGUGUUUUUUUUCUCUCCCUCUCUGAUUUAAAUUAAAAACAAAGCUCUCUCUCCCAUCCUCGUUUUUUGACCCUCUGCCCAUUUCUUUUCCACUCUCAGUCCAGCUGGGGAAAAAAAAAAUCCCUUUAGUUUGUGUCUCUGUGUUACAGGAGGAAGUCGCUUGGCUCGAUUCGGAUGGAGGUGUGUGUUUGUUUUUGGACCUUGUUGGUGUGCUUUGAGGAAGGACAGAGAAGGGACAGUUGGAUGUGACUGCGGCUUCAUCAGAGCAUUCAGAGUCAUCAGAGAGGGAGAGAGGAGGACAGCUGAGAGUGUGACUUUGACUCCUCUAAGGAGGAAAGGUGGAGAAAAAGUCAGCAGUGGGAGUUUCUGGAAUUAAUUUUGCAUCAGCCCUUUUUGGAUACACUGAGUUUGUCCAAACUCGGAGGCUGAAGCCAGGUUCCCAACUCUGGAUCCUGGGCUCCAUCCCUGCGAAGAGAGAGAGAGAGAGAGAGAGAGAGAAACCCUGCUACUUCUCCUUUACAGGAGUGCAAAGAGCUGAGGGAACCCAUUAUCCAUCAGACUCCUAACGAGCGUCUCUGCACUGACCAUGUACCCACAGGGUAGACACCCGGUCCCACUACAGCCUGGCCAGUCCUUCAAGUUCACUGUGCUGGAGACGUUGGACCGGAUUAAAGAGGAGUUCCAGUUCCUCCAGGCCCAGUACCACAGUCUGAAGCUGGAGUGUGAGAAGCUGGCCAGUGAGAAGACUGAGAUGCAGAGACAUUACAUCAUGUACUAUGAGAUGUCCUACGGACUUAACAUAGAGAUGCACAAACAGGCAGAGAUUGUAAAGCGUCUCAGCGCUAUCUGUGCUCAGAUCAUCCCUUUCCUCUCUCAGGAGCACCAGCAGCAGGUGGUGCAGGCUGUGGAGCGAGCUAAGCAGGUCACCAUGGCAGAACUCAACGCCAUCAUUGGGCAGCAGCAGCUCCAGCACCUGUCUCACCACACCCCAGGCAUCCCACUAACCCCACACCCAUCAGGCCUGGCACUAGGGGGCGCUUCAGGCCUGUUGGCUCUCACUGGGGCACUCGGCGUCUCUGCUCACCUGAGCAACAAGGAUGACCGCAACCACCUGGAUGCCGAGCACCUUCGAGAGGGUGCACCCAGCAGGAGUAAGUCUGUGUCAUCAACAGACAGUCAAGUGAUAGAGGAGCGUCAGGGCCCCUCUGGAGUCUUCUCUUCUCACAUCAGUAAUGAUGCCAAGAGGAGGCGCUGCGAAGAUAAAGAUGGCCCAUCACAUUAUGACAGUGAUGGGGAUAAGAGUGAAGACAACCUAGUGGUAGAUGUCUCUAAUGAGGACCCUUCCUCUCCUGUGGGCAGUACCCCACACUCUCCUCAUGGAAACGGCUUAGACAGAGCACCUACGCUGAGGAAGGAGCUCCCCAGAUCCCCAAGUCUCCCUCCUGUCCCCUCACCUCCAGAUCACAGCCCUGCUCCAGGCAAGAGCAAGGACCCGGCACAGUCAGAGAAAUGUCAGUCACCAUCUUCUAAGUCAGGCAGUAGUUCCCCUUCGCACCGUGAGGCCCUCACCCCCGGACCCAGCACUUCCUGUCUACGGCUUGUCACUAAGCCUGUGUCCUCAGCAGAUCCUAUGGCAGCUUUGCGCAGUCCUCUGUCCAUGACAUCAGCUUCGUACCCAGCUCAUUUUGGUGUCGUAUCUCAUGCUGGACUGAAUGGAGAACUGGCCAGUCCAGGCAGCUUUGGUGGCUCAAUCACUCUCUCACCCCAGAUCAGUACUGCAGCUAGUGCCUACACACGCAGCCCCAUGGUGGCGUAUGAAUCACGUUCUCACCUCAGGCCCUCAGGGCUGUCCUCCUCUCUGCCUGGCUCCAGUGGGGGCAAGCCUGCGUACUCGUUCCACGUGAGUGCAGAUGGACAGAUGCAGCCUGUGCCCUUCCCACCUGAUGCUCUCCUGGGCCCAGGCAUCCCGCGCCACGCCCGCCAGAUCCACACACUCAGCCACGGAGAGGUGGUGUGUGCCGUCACCAUCAGCACCUCCACUCGCCACGUCUACACUGGCGGCAAAGGCUGCGUCAAAGUGUGGGACAUCAGCCAGCCGGGCAGCAAGAGCCCCAUGGCCCAACUCGACUGUCUGAACAGGGACAACUAUAUCCGCUCGUGCAAGCUCCUCCCAGACGGGAGAACUUUGAUAGUUGGAGGUGAAGCCAGCACUCUGUCCAUCUGGGACUUGGCCACGCCCACUCCACGCAUCAAGGCGGAGUUGACGUCCUCAGCUCCAGCGUGUUACGCGCUGGCCAUCAGUCCCGACAACAAGGUCUGUUUCUCCUGCUGCAGCGACGGCAACAUCGUCGUGUGGGACCUUCACAACCAGACGCUCGUCAGGCAGUUCCAGGGCCACACUGAUGGAGCCAGCUGCAUCGACAUCUCCAACGACGGGACCAAACUGUGGACUGGGGGACUCGACAACACGGUGCGCUGCUGGGACCUGAGAGAGGGUCGACAGCUUCAGCAGCACGACUUCACCUCCCAGAUCUUCUCCCUGGGCUACUGUCCUACAGGAGAGUGGCUGGCAGUGGGCAUGGAGAGCAGUAAUGUGGAAGUACUGCAUGUCUCCAAACCAGACAAGUACCAGCUGCACCUUCACGAGAGCUGUGUGCUGUCACUCAAGUUCGCCUACUGUGGUAAAUGGUUUGUGAGCACAGGAAAAGACAAUCUGUUAAACGCAUGGAGAACGCCGUAUGGAGCCAGCAUCUUCCAGUCCAAGGAGUCCUCAUCUGUCCUGAGCUGCGACGUCUCCCCAGACGAUAAGUAUAUAGUCACUGGUUCUGGAGAUAAGAAAGCCACCGUGUACGAGGUGGUCUACUGAGCACACGAGAGAUGGAUGGAAUGAUGGAUGGAAGAAAGAAUGAGUUGAAAGAAAAGCACUUACCAGGAACUUGUUCAUGACAGCUGUGGUGGGCAACCAUGGGUGCUCUUUCCAAACAGUAUUCCCCUGCUUCGUCUCAUAAGUACCAUUAAACCCCCUUCCCAUCCUCAUCCCCAUUCCAUCCCCCUCUAAGUAGGAAGGAGAAAAGAAAGAGAGGAACAAACAGAAAGAAUAAACAGAGGGAGUAUAAUCAGCACAGUGGCUAGAUGAAACACCCAGCGGCGAGGAAAAAGCUCACAAGAGACCAGCUAAGCACUUAGGGAGCUGUAGCUCACACAAACGCAGAUAGCAGACAAUCAAUACAUUACUGUUUAAAAAAAAAAAAACCUCACACUGUAAUGAGCCCAAAUGCAACAGAGCUCGUUACACAACACCUCACAGAACAGAACAACCGGACUGCAGCGUAGCGUUGGCUCUGGCUUAAAAAACUUGCUUCGGUUUGUCUGCAUCAGUCCAAUUAAACAUGCAUAUGGCAAUUCCCAUCUGAAUUCUGCAUCACACGUUUCCGUCUCCUGCGAGAGACUCCCUAGAGACACUAAUGAGGAGCAGCUGGACCUCUCAGUGGGUUUCAUGUUGAAAACAUUAAACAACAGCAUUUUCCAUUUUUAA